AUGAUUAUACAGAGAGUAGUGCUGAAUUCACGGCCUGGUAAGAAUGGAGUGCCAGUGGCUGAAAACUUCCGAAUGGAGCAAAGUACAAUAGCAGAUACGAUCCAAGUGGGACAAGUGCGUGUUCGAACCCUUUAUCUCUCUGUUGAUCCUUACAUGCGCUGCCGCAUGAAUGAGGACACCGGCUCAGAUUACCUCCUGCCCUGGCGGCUGUCUGAAGUUGCAGAUGGUGGGGGCAUUGGGGUUGUGGAAGAGAGCAAGCAGGAUAACCUUGCAAAAGGAGACUUUGUAACUUCCUUCAACUGGCCCUGGCAGACAGUGGCCAUUCUAGAUGGAAGCUUGCUACAAAAGCUUGAUCCACAGCUUGUAAGUGGACGCCUUUCCUACUAUCUGGGUGCAGCUGGCAUCACAGGACUGACUGCCCUGUUAGGCAUAAAGGAGAAAGGACACGUGGCUGUGGGUGCAAAUCAGACAAUGGUGGUGAGUGGAGCAGCUGGUGCCUGCGGCUCUUUGGCUGGCCAGAUAGGCCGUCUGGAGGGCUGCUCUAGAGUGGUGGGGAUCGCUGGCACAGAUGAAAAGUGCUCCAUUUUGGUCCAAGAAAUGGGGUUUGAUGCUGCCAUCAACUACAAGAAGGGGGAUGUGGCAAAGCAGCUCCGUGAACUCUGCCCAGGCGGUGUGGAUGUUUACUUUGACAACGUUGGUGGAGACAUCAGUGAUGCAGUUAUAAGUCAGAUGAAUCAGAACAGUCAUAUCAUCCUGUGUGGACAAAUUUCUCAGUAUAACAAAGAUGUGCCUUAUCCUCCUCCACUGCCUCCUGACAUAGAAAAAAUACGGAAGGAAAGGAAUAUCACAAGGGAAAGAUUCUUAGUCUUGAACUAUAUGGACAAACAAGAAACUAGUGUAUUACAACUCUGCCAGUGGAUCCAGGAGGGUAAACUGAAGGUCAGAGAGACCAUGGUAGAAGGCUUAGCAAAUAUUGGUGCUGCUUUCCAGUCCAUGAUGAAUGGAGGCAAUAUUGGAAAACAGAUUGUCUCAGUUUCUAAGUAAAAGUCAUUGCUUCAGGUAAAAUGAUGGCAUUCUCUCCCUAACAGUGAGCAAGUUUUUACUUAUCCUAAUUUCCAUUUCCUUAA